CAAACACUCACCACCACCACUACGUUCACCACGACGACCACCAUGGCAACCACGGAGCCAGCCACGCCUCUAACGAGCAGUGAAAACGAGGCUUUGAACAUGGCAGAAGUCUCGCUGGGACCAACAAAUCUGUUAAACGCCCCUGGUUUUGAGCCAACGGCGCCCGGCACAGGAGUCUCAGGAGCACUUUCCUCAGCGAGGACGUCUUUCACACGUGUUGGGCUGGACGAUGAAGCCCCUGCUUCACACGACCGACCCUCAACUUCCCUAUCAGAAGCACCGCGAGUUCCUGCCAACGAAGCAAUCGACAACCCAACCUCAACCUCCACUGCCGCCAUUCUUCCCAUAGAGCCCUCAAUGCGGGUCGAGCAACCUCCAACUAUCGCCCAAGAAGUGCUGGUUCCUCAAACACCGCAAACCUUCAUUACUUUUCUCCUUAUCUCGGGACGGAGACGGACUAUGUCAUUUGAGCCUGAGACGACGAUAGGCAGGGUUAAAGAGCUAGUAUGGAACGGUUGGCCUGGAGACUGGCAGGAUGAGCGACCCCCAGCACCCUCUUAUUUAAGAAUACUCUACUUGGGCAAAAUGCUGCAAGACGAUGAUACUUUACCUCAAACUGCCAACACACACGCCGCAGUCAACAUCAAACGGCUCUGGCUCAACAACGCCUCCACCGACAGCUACCAUAGUCCAUCUCUCAAUCCGACCCUACGCUCCUCCUGGGGACGGCGACGCCCCCAAAAAGAAGAAACGGGGGAGGGCAGGCGAACAACUCGCCUACGGGCAUGAACGGAGCUCGUGACGAACAGGCCGGAGGGGCCGGGUGUUGUGGGUGUGUCGUUUGCUAGCCUGGCUGGAUUGAGGCAGGAAGAGGACAUGAGAAAGAGGGCAACGGGUAGCCUUCAUCCAUUCAUUCAAUUCGACCUGGACCCAUGUCAUUGAUAUCUAUUACUUCAACCCUGAUUCGAGCUUUGAUAGGAGGCUUCAAGAUCAACUAUAGCGCCUCAUCCAUCCACACGGCAACUCGCUCGCCGUCAUUCUGCCUUGCAGAGCUGAUAACGCCGCCGAUUGUUCCUAUUGGGCCCUUUGCUGCCCGCCCGCCUUAUAUCCACUCAGGCCAUGGGAACUUGCCUGUUCUCUACACGGUCUUCUCUGUCCAAGUGGCUUGUUUUUUACUGCUACCUUGA